GGGGACAGGAGGGUCGCGGGGCAGCGCUGAUGUGGCAGCGGCGGGGCCGGAGCGGCGCUGCCCCGGGAUGAGCGGGCGCUCCCCGAGUGCCCGGGGAGCCCCGGCGGCGGGGCCGGGCCGUGACGUGGCAACUUCCGAGGUGAGUCCGGCCGCACCUUCCCCGGAGAGCCCGCCCGCAGCUCGUCGUGCUCGCCCCGCCGGCACUUCCCAGCCCCGCCGCCGGAGAUGAUGAUCCCCAGGCAGCAGGGACGCCCAGCUGCACGUGCAGCAGGAGCUGCGGGCUCGAGGGCAGGAGAUGAGGACAGGGACGGGCUGGGCUCGGUGGUCACCGCCCUGUCCCCGUGCCAGGUCACCCCGCUGAGCCAUGAACGCCUCGGUGGCCGGCAGCCAGCUGAGACAGCCGGAGCUCCAGGACGUGGCCGCCUUCACCCCCGUGUCCAUCGUCAGGAGCGUGACCAAGAAAUCGGACGCGCUGCCGGUGAUCUCGGUGAUCGUGGUGCUCUUCGUGCUGCUGGCCGUGUUCAUCGUGCUGCUGGUGCACUACGGCCCGCAGCUGCGCACGGUGCAGGUCACGCUGCACCACGAGCCCAUGGCCCAGCACAUGGACACCGUGCUCCUCACACACUGGAGGCACCUGGAUGCCCACGGCAAGAUGGGCUCGGCUGGAGUGACCUGCCACUGCUCCUGCAGCCACCACCUUCCCCUCGGGAGUGCUGAGCCCAAUGUCAUCGAGAUCACCUACCUGUGACACGGCCCAGGGCCACCCGGGCAGGGCUCGAGGGACGUGUCCCACUGGAAAAGCUGGGAUGGGACAUUCGGAUAUCCCGGGACUCACUGCUGCCCACUCACAGAGGCUGCACCUCCCCAGACCCGUGUCUGGCCCCAGGAAUGCUCAGCCAGGAGGUUCAAGACCCAUCUCCAGCCCCCAGAAGUCCAGCUCAGGGGUGUCACUGUCCCCAGGCAGGAGCUGGGUCCCAGCCUGGGCUCUGGGCCUGGCUCAGCCUGCGUGGGACAUCUUUAGCAUUUCUUCUGGUUUUACCUGCCCUGGUUUUACCUGUCUCACACCGCCUGGGAGUGGCCAACAGAGCUGCCUUGGUCCUUGCCCCAGCUGGGGAGCUCUGGAGCUGUGCUCAGUCCCCUGGCAGUAGCUGGAAGUUGCAUCAUCUGGAAUUGUUUUCCAGUGAGAGAUAUUUCCACACUCAUGGUGUCCUCAUUACACUGUUUAUAUGGCACAGAGGAGCUUCCAGCCCCUCUUUGUGACCCCCAGCACAGCCCCUUUUCCCACACUGGGGGGCUGGAACACGGCCCUGCCCCUGCCAGCCCCCGCAGCCCCUCGGGCACACGGCCAGAGCACAGGAGGGCUGAGGAGGCAGCUCCUGAUUCCGUGUUGGGUGGAGCCAGUGCCAGGGGACACGUGUCCUGCCCCCAGUGGAGGUGGGUGAGAGAACAGUGACACAGCAGGAGGUGAUAAUGGCACAUCACAGCUGGCUGAACAUCUGGAGCUGCUGGCACCAGAGGGAAAGCUCACAUGACUGUGGGCAGAGCCUGCAGCAUCUCUGUGCAAAGGGAUGGGGAGACCUGAGGUCACCCCCACUGUGGUCACCCUCACUGUGGUCACCCCCACUGUGGUCACCCCCACUGUGGUCACCUCCACUGUGGUCAUCUCUGUGUCCCCAUCCCUGAGUGCUGUCCCAAGGAGGGAGCGAUGGUGGGGUUGGCACUGUCACCCUCAGUGGGGUGAUGCUGAGGUGGCUCUGUCACCCUGGGAAGAACCUUGUUGAGGUGCCACAAAGGGAUCAGGAGAGGUGGAACCGGAGCCCUGCAGGCUCCUGGGGCUGUCAGAGCACGGUCCCUGUCCAGCCCUGGGGUCUCUGCAGUCCCAGCUUCUCCUCCCGUGGUGGCUGCAGGCCCUCGGUGCCUGCAGUGCCUGGGGAGGGAGCAGCCUCUGAGAUCCCCCCGAGGAUUUAUUCUGCUGGAGCCCCAGAAGUCAGGAUGCAGCUUCGCCUCUCCCACGCUGGAAAAGCCAGGUCUGUGUCUGCCCUCAGAUCCCUGGCCCAGAUCCCUGUGGGCACAGCUGGACAAGAGAUGGCUUUACCUGUUCCUCCAGGAGUUGGAGGUAUUCCCGACGUGCCAAAUGCUCCAGGAUCCCUCCUCUCACUUAUUUCCAGCCCUUCUUUUGCUUUAAAGCUGGACUUGCUGGAAACUUUUUGUCUCCAUAAAAACCAUAAUUUAUAUUUAUUUUUGGGAGGGUUGUUUUCUGUUUCGAAUUUGUUCCCAUUUGUUUUCCAUGGCUGAUAGGGCAUUAUCAGCUCUCUCACACCCGUGUUAGAGGAGAUAAGGGCUGUCAUUUCCAUUGAAAAUCGUGGAGUCCUGCUCCCCCUUCCAUGUCAAAAGAGGGCUUUGUUUGCAAUGUCUACAUCCCUAAC